CCGAUGAAAACCAAAACAAGAUCUUUCCUUCUCUGGUUCAAGGGCGCAUGACAGGUUGCGUGCAUUUGAAAGCCAUUUUGACAAAUCCUCUUUUGAUGGGCUGUGCGGUGGUUUGACGCAGAAAGAACGAGAUUGACCGAAAAUGGUGUGGGGAUUUGUCACCUGCGGCCCCAACGAGGCCCUCGUCGUGUCAGGAUGCUGCUACAGCAAACCUUUGCUUGUUCCUGGCGGACGGGCCUUCGUGUGGCCGGCUAUUCAAGCAGUUCAGAGAAUAUCCCUGAACACGAUGACCCUCCAAGUGGAGAGCCCCACUGUAUACACAUGUCAAGGUGUACCGAUUUCCGUCACAGGCAUUGCCCAGGUGAAGAUUCAGGGCCAGAAUGAAGAGAUGCUGCUGGCCGCGUGCGAGCAGUUCCUUGGGAAGCCUGAGAACGAAAUCCAGCAGAUAGCCCUGGUCACCUUGGAGGGCCACCAAAGGGCCAUCAUGGGCUCGAUGACCGUGGAGGAGAUCUACAAGGACAGGAAGAAAUUUAGCAAGCAGGUAUUCGAGGUGGCCUCGUCCGACUUGGUCAAUAUGGGCAUCACGGUUGUGUCCUACACCCUGAAGGAUAUCCGUGACGAAGAGGGCUACCUGAAAAGUUUGGGUAUGGCUCGAACGGCCGAAGUGAAGCGAGAUGCCCGCAUCGGUGAGGCAGAGGCCCGCAAGGACGCGCAAAUCAAGGAAGCAAUUGCCGAAGAGGAGAGGAUGGCUUCUCGUUUCCUCAACGAUACAGAUAUCGCCAAAGCCCAGAGGGACUUUGAGCUCAAGAAGGCCGCCUACGACGUCGAGGUACAGACCAAAAAGGCCGAAGCCGAGCUUGCCUACGAACUGCAGGCGGCCAAGACCAAGCAGAGGAUCAAGGAGGAGCAAAUGCAAAUCAAGGUGGUGGAGCGCACCCAGGAGAUUGCGGUUCAGGAGCAGGAAAUGCUGCGUCGCGAGCGCGAGCUGGAGGCCACCAUUCGCCGUCCGGCUGAGGCCGAGAAGUACCGCCUGGAGAAAAUUGCUGAGGCGAACCGCAACCGCGUCAUCUUGGAAGCGGAGGCUGAAGCUGAGUCUUUGAGGGUGCGUGGCGAGGCCGAGGCUUUCGCCAUUGAAGCAAAGGCCAAGGCUGAGGCUGAGCAGAUGGCCAAGAAGGCCGACGCCUGGAAGGAGUACAAGGAGGCCGCCAUGGUCGACAUGCUGCUCGACACCCUGCCCAAGAUUGCUGCUGAGGUGGCCGCCCCACUGUCCCAGGCCAAGAAGGUGACCAUGGUUUCGACUGGCAACGGUCAGAUCGGCGCCUCCAAGCUGACCGGCGAGGUGCUGGACAUUGUGGCCCGCGUGCCUGAAGUUGUUAAGCAGCUGACCGGCGUGGACAUCGUCAAGUCAGUCUAUGGAGCGUAAUCCCGUGAGCACGAUGGUCAGCGCCGGCAGCACCACCUCCAUCAGCAGCAGUGGCGGCCAGCGUCCAUCCCCAAACCCAAGAUCAGCACCGACACGCUAAAAAUUGAAAUAAGUACCAGCCUGAGCUGAGGCGAAAAAUUAUUCCGAUGUCUAGUCUUAAUUGGCGGAACCGUGAGUGUGACAAAUGUUGCCGCUGCGCAUUUGCAACUUUUUACUUUGUAUAAAAUUUAUUUCAAUUCACUUCAGCUGGAUUUCAAUCUGUAAUCUAGGUUUUAGGUUUGUUAUAAAAAAAAUGCCGUCAUCUGCCGACGUCUUUGAGCACUUACGGUUUGUGCAAAUAUUAAAUUCAUUUGUUACCUAUUGAAAAGGAAAUUUUGGUGCCAUUUUUCCCGCGUUUCGUGCCCUUGAGUGUUAGCUAUCUUGGACGCUGGCUCUUUUUUGUGAGUGUUGGGCUGUGUUGUUUUUAAAACUCAUUUUACGUUGGCCACACACUUGCAAACAGGUGCGAGCAAUGUGUACGUAGUACCAUUUUAUUAUGUACUGUUUCAAAUAGUGCUAUUAUUACUAGUUAUCGCGGAGAACUGGAGGUUGCACGAUUAUUUGGUAUUUGGUCAGCAGCUUUAUUUUCUCUCCAGUUUUUCAGCUUGAUUAUUUUACGCCAAGUUUUAACCGAAUCUCGCUUGUGCUUUGGAGCAGUAACUACUAACUCGUAUUUUUAUAAUUAUCGCGAACGACCAUAAGAUUAAUCAAAGUUUCCUUCCGCUUUUUCAACCUUACCUCUCAUUGCGAGUACAAAACUGGAUGUGCAUUUUCUGUUACCACUCUUUCUCUCUGUCACUGCCUUGAUUAAACACAAUAUAUAUCCUCCAGAACCGUCAUUUAAAAUUUAAGAAUCUCAAAUCGAUAUGCAAACAUUUUUAAUACUCUAUUUUGGGGAAUCUAAAUAUUUGGUAAUAAAAAUAAAUCACCGAUCACCAAAGCUGGAAAGAAUCUCAAAUAAUAUGCCUUGCCAUUGCACUUGGUGUAGUGUUGAUUGUUAUUGUGUUGGAUAAACCACUUUAAAUGAUAUGCAUGAUUCAUCCACUUGGUAUGAUGAAUGUAACCCAAACAAUAAAAUGUUCCCAAUAUCUCGAAAAA